GCCGAGAAAAGACGAAACAAUCCUAAAAAUGGCUAAUCUUUGAAUGGACACAGCAUGAUCAAUUUUAAAAAAACCUCGACGAUUCUUUCAAGUAAUAUAGUUGACGAUAUCAACUUUCAUACCGCAUAAUCGGAUCUCUUAAAUUCCAGGGAGGUUUCUAGCAAUCUGAAUGACACUUAAGGGCCCAUUUUACACUUAAAUCUUUAAAAAAAACUUAAUUGUAAUUAAAUUUUUAGUUUUAAAAAGUGAACUUUGUUUCUUACACUACAAUUUCACUUUCAACUAAUUUUUAAGAAUAUAUAACGAUAAUUGAGGAAAUUAAACUGAAAAACAGAAAACGCGCAAAACGCGGAAAAAUAAAAACAUUAAAAAUUAAAUAUCCCAUAAUUUUUGUUGUAUUUCAUGAAAAAAAAAUCCUUUACACAUAUUAAACUUCACGUAUAGACCUAUAACUGGUAAAAGUUUGAACAAAAUCGGCGACUUGGUCGCCACACGCUUUGGUCGAUUUCGCAUGGAUUAACCCAAGUGCUAAAUACAUGACUAUUGGUAGUUAAUUUCACAAGUAGUUUUUAAACUGCAAUCUUUAAAAAUGGCGGCAGAUCUACAAGAUCGACCAAAGAACCGCACCGCACCGAUCUGUUUCAAACGGACCAAACUAGGUUGCACCGGAUCGGCCAUUUUCGGAGAAUCGUUGAAUUCAAAAUGAAAAUUUUGAAAUCUAUUGCCGCGAUCCGAGAAGGCGUAGCCGAGCAGCCCACCCCCACGGCCCCACCUGGUAGGCUGCCGACUGCUGAUAGCUUGCCUACCAGCGUAAAAAUUCUCAAAUGUCGACCACCAGAGGGCCAUAGUAGUCCGUAACCGUUCUCAAUUAUCCAUCUGUCAUGUCAGUCAAUUUUCGUUGUAUGGUGUCAAGUAAAGAAACGUGAAAAUUGCUCAUCCCCUUUGUAAAGUUCAAAUGAGUUAAUUUAUCCUUUCAUCCUACACUUCAUCAGUGACGAACCAGGAUACCUAUUUGCUACCACAUUUAGCCCAAACACAGAUGUCAAAACUAGUGAAACUUCAAAUGUCUCCACCGAGAACAAAUUCUAAUUUUGUCGAAGUGAAGAGCAAAUUUGUGGCUGAAUUUAGAAGAUUUAGUCUGAACAAGAAAGUGUUGCCAAAGUAUGAAGAUUUUAGAAAAUUGCUUGAACAACUACAUGGCUUACAAAUUGAACCUUUCUACAUAAGUUAUACAGAUCCAAAUGAUGGGGAUCUACUGCCAAUCAACAAUGAUGACAACUUUGCAAGAGCUUUGCAGGCAGCCCGUCCUUUGUUAAGAAUUCAUAUUCAAAGAAGAGGAGAAUCACAGGAUGAUGAGAUGUACCAAAAUUUUGCCUCUAAAAAGAAUAUUAUAUCAUCAAUACUAGGAACACCAAAAACUAGGCCACAUAUUAGCAUAUCUUACCCAAAGGAAUUCCGACAAGUUUCAGCUAUUAUUGAUGUAGAUGUAGUUCCCGAUUCCUGCCGUCGAGUUAGGUUGCUCAAACACGGAUCUGAACGACCGCUUGGAUUUUACAUUCGGGAUGGCACGUCCGUACGCGUCACGCCUGAUGGAUUAGAAAAAGUCCCUGGAAUAUUUAUUUCAAGAUUGGUUCCUGGAGGAUUGGCCGAAUCCACUGGUCUUCUUGCGGUCAACGACGAAGUAUUGGAAGUUAAUGGAAUUGAAGUUGCCGGCAAAUCACUUGACCAAGUGACUGACAUGAUGGUGGCCAACAGUGCCAAUUUAAUCAUAACAGUGAAACCGGCCAAUCAGAGAGGUGUGCUGACCUUGUCACGAACUUCUCAUAAUGAUACGAUGACGUCGUAUUCUACCAUUGCGUCCAUGGUUCACUCACACUCCGAUGAAGACCAGGAGGAAGACGAAACAGAUGAAUUAGAUGAGAUUAAAGAUCUAACAAUGCAGACCAGUGCUAGCAGCGGGAGCGAAAGGACCAGUAACGUGAAAGAUGAUGGCAUCCUUCACUUAUAAAAUAUUAUGAUUUAAGGUCGAAAAACCCCACUUGCUGAAAUGAGAAAAAAUAACAUUCCGUUCAAGUCCCUGUUUUUUAAGCAAAUGAAAGUGUAUAAAAUGAAGCGUCAUCUUUUUUCCUAAGUGUGCGCAAAGCUCUUGGUCCAUGCGUGCAAUUAGCUCCCGUCCAUUCCUUCUAUGUCCCUCUUUCCCUAGAUUUCUAGUUAAGAGAAACGUGUGUGCCUUUCAACAUUUACCGGCCUUUUAUUGGUUACUUGCAAAUGACUAAACGAUGAAUCAAGCUCUACUCGAUUCAUCGGCACAAAUACAACCGUAAAGAACA